AUGGGUGCUCUAAAAGCCAUACUUCUCUACUUGAUUAUAUACCAAACAUGGAAGAUCACAGCUGAAGAAGAGGAAUGGAAGUCUGCUACCGCAACAUACGUUAAAGAAACAAAUGGAUCAAUCAUUGUAGAAGGUGCUUGUGGGUAUGGAGACCUUCACAGGGCCGCCUAUGGAAAGUACAGUGCUGGACUAAGUAGCAUGCUGUUCAACAGAGGGAGUACCUGUGGGGCUUGCUUCGAGGUCAGAUGCGUAGACCACAUCUUAUGGUGCCUGCAGGGUAGCCCCUCGGUCAUUCUCACCGCAACAGAUUUCUGUCCUCCAAAUUACGGGCUUUCAUCAGAGUAUGGUGGCUGGUGCAAUUUCCCCAAAGAACACUUUGAGAUGUCAGAGGCAGCAUUCGCUGAAAUCGCAGAGAAAAAGGCUGAUAUUGUGCCAGUUCAACACAGAAGGGUGAAGUGUGAAAGAAGGGGUGGGCUGAGAUUCACAGUGAGUGGAAAUUAUCACUUUUAUCAAGUACUCAUCAGCAAUGUGGGAUUGGAUGGUGAGGUGUUUGCUGUGAAAGUGAAGGGAUCAAAAACAGCGUGGAUACCUAUGGCAAGAAACUGGGGACAAAACUGGCAAUCCAAUAUCAACCUAAUUGGACAGCCUUUAUCUUUCGAGGUGACUACCAGCGGCAGAAGAACACUCACAUCUUACAAUGUUGCACCAGCAAACUGGCAAUUUGGUCAGACGUUUGAAGGCAAGCAAUUCUAG